GGAGGAGACUCUAUUGCCAGAAAGACAGAGGGAGACGAGAAAGAAGACGAAGAAAAUAAAGAAAACAACAGUUGAAGCCUUGGAAAACCUUUUGACGUUUGCUCCUCUUCACAACUUCUACAUCGACAAUGAGGGAAAUCGUGCACAUCCAAGCCGGCCAGUGUGGUAACCAGAUCGGUGCCAAGUUCUGGGAAGUAAUUAGUGACGAGCAUGGCAUUGACCCCACUGGGACGUAUCACGGAGACAGUGACCUGCAGCUGGACAGGAUCAACGUUUACUACAAUGAAGCCACAGGUGGUAAAUAUGUGCCCCGCGCUGUUCUUGUGGACUUGGAACCAGGCACCAUGGACUCAGUGAGGUCCGGAGCCUUCGGGCAGAUAUUUCGACCUGACAAUUUUGUGUUUGGUCAGAGCGGUGCUGGUAACAACUGGGCCAAAGGUCAUUACACAGAGGGAGCUGAGGUGGUGGACUCGGUCCUGGAUGUUGUGCGCAAAGAGUCGGAAAACUGCGACUGCCUGCAAGGUUACCAGCUCACACAUGCUCUCGGCGGUGGAACAGGAUCUGGCAUGGGAACCUUGCUCAUCAGCAAGAUCCGUGAGGAAUACCCCGAUAGGAUCAUGAAUACGUUCAGCGUGGUGCCUUCCCCCAAGGUGUCCGACACGGUGGUGGAGCCGUACAACGCCACGCUGUCCAUCCACCAGCUGGUUGAGAACACGGAUGAAACCUACUGCAUCGACAACGAGGCUCUCUACGACAUCUGUUUCCGCACGCUCAAGUUGACCACGCCCACUUACGGCGACCUGAACCACCUGGUGUCCUCCACCAUGAGCGGAGUCACCACUUGCCUGCGCUUCCCGGGUCAGCUCAACGCCGACCUGCGUAAACUGGCCGUCAACAUGGUGCCCUUCCCUCGUUUGCACUUUUUCAUGCCGGGCUUUGCCCCCCUGACCAGCAGGGGGAGCCAGCAGUACCGAGCCUUAACCGUUCCCGAACUUACCCAGCAAGCGUUCGACGCCAAGAACAUGAUGGCGGCGUGCGACCCGCGUCAAGGCCGCUACCUCACCGUGGCCACCAUGUUCCGGGGGCGCAUGUCCAUGAAGGAGGUGGACGAGCAGAUGCUCAACGUGCAGAACAAGAACAGCAGCUACUUCGUCGAGUGGAUCCCCAACAACGUCAAGACCGCCGUCUGCGACAUUCCGCCCCGCGGCCUCAAGAUGUCCGUCACCUUCAUCGGCAACACCACGGCCAUCCAGGAGAUGUUCAAGCGUAUCUCCGAGCAGUUCACGGCCAUGCUGCGGCGGAAGGCCUUCCUGCACUGGUACACGGGCGAAGGCAUGGACGAGAUGGAGUUCACCGAAGCUGAAAGUAACAUGAAUGACCUGGUGUCCGAGUACCAGCAGUACCAGGACGCCACCGCGGAGGAUGAAGGGGAAGGCGAGGAGGAGCCUGAAGAAGAUUAAAGCUUGACCAUGUCAAGGUCUCAUUCGGAUUCUUUUGAAUCUCCUGGAAUUCAAUAUUUACUUUUGAGUAUGAUUUAAUAAAUGAAAGCAUUUUGCCUCA